CGUGGGUGCUGAAGCCCAACUUUGUUUUGAAGUCCGACGAGGAAAUUCGUACCAUGGUCACGCUCGACGACGUUUGUACUUACGAGUCGCAGCUCGUGACUGCGCACCGUCUUCAAGAGCUUGGCAUCAACUCUACUCACAGCAUUGGCACUCCGUUUCAUCGCGCGGUGCUCGCUCUGACGGAUCCGUACCGCGCCAAGAUCGCUCGUUUUAUUGGAAUUGAACUAGAGCUGACUUCCUGGAAUUUGACCUCCAAUUUUAUCAAGGCCAAGUUUCAGCAGGGCUUGCUCCAGCUGACUGGAUUGGGCACGGCGACGAGCACGCACGACUCCUACAGCUAUCUCCGUCGUCCCAUGAAGGUUGCCAACUUGAAGGCCGAGAAGGAGAAGGAGGCUAAAACUCAGGUUACGGGCACUGACCGCGACCUUCGUAAGCUGGACCUUCCGGGCCUCAAGGCGAUUUUGAAGUCGUACGGCAUGAAGGACGAGGAGAUAGACGCGCUCCCUAGGUGGGACCAAGUGGACAAAGUCCGCUCUUUUGCCAACCAGAGCAAGGCGAUUGACGAGGACGUCGAAGACGACAAACACAAGUUUGCUAGAGGGUCCCGCCACAACGUCGCGACUCAUCAAGAGCUUUACGACGCAACGUGUCAGACUAUUUUUAACAACCAGGUUAAAGAGCUGAGCAACACCGUCCCGCCCGAGUUGGACGAGGAAGAUUCCUCCGACCUCGCGGAGAUGAUAGGCCUUGACAUCGACGACGACGCCAAGCACACGUCGGGCAAAAAGACGAGCCAACAACAAGAAGAAGACGAAGAGAGGCUUUAUCAGGAAUUUGUUAAAAGUCUAGAGACAAAGGCUCAAACAGACGAAGACGCUGCUCAGAGCCAAUCCAACACGCCAAACCCUCAGUUGUCGGAUCCCACGUGUACGGAGUUCAAGGACGAUAACGCUCUUUCGAGCAAAUACAGUUCCAUACUGGACGAUCCGAAUUUCGUGCCCGUCCCGCUGCAUCCUGUCAUGCGCAUUCCUCUCAAGCCCGGGCUCUACAUUAAGGUCACGCGCACCUCCCUCGAUGGCUAUGAAGAGUGCCAGUGGAGCGACAACCCCGUCUUGAUUGAGGCUGCCAAGCGCAAAGACAAAAAGCCGUCUUUUCUCGUCCAGUCUUCCUUUCAGAAGCGCUUGCUUGCCAAACCCCUCAGCGAGACCGAAGAGCGCGAGCGCGCCAACAAAAAGCGCGAGAAGCGCAAGCUUCAGGAGCGCCUUCGCCGCCAGAAGAACCACGCCAAGCGCCAAUUCCAGCUCCAACAAGUCAUGCUGGGAAAAGUGAACGCCGCGGUCCCCAAGAGCAACAACAAGCUCCGCUGCGGUCGCUGCGGCAUGAUUGGCCACAUGCGUACCAACCGCGACUGUCCGUUUUACACUGAAGAAGACGCCUAUUUGUAUUCUCUCCCCACAAAGCUUCGGCGCACCAAAGGCCGCAGGUACGAGUCAGACGACGAAGAUCUCUACGACAGCGAAGAAUACGAAACGCCCGUGGACGAGUUCGACAAUUAUGACGCUCGCGGCUUACCUGAACCGUCGUCCAACGUGAACGACCAAGGUCUUGACGACGACAAAAUGAACGACGAAGAGAUUGACUACGUCCAAAAUGGCACCCAGGAUAUUGACCAAAUCCAAUCUUCCGAUCAGCAGGAAGCCGGGACGUCGGCUCCGCCUCAAGGCGACGCCGAACUCCCUCACAUCACGGGUUUGCCGUCAUCUUCGCUAGACCAACCAAGUCAAGAAAACGUCUCAGACGGCAGUCAGAAAACCCAAGAAGAAUCCAUUCAAGUAUGCGACAACCACGCCGCUUCAGGCGCCAACUUCGCCAACACCAAUCUCUCUUCUGCCGCCUCUCAACAAGAGAAAUUCGUUGUCAAAUUGAGAGCUCACGAUCGGCCGCCCGCUUCGUCAUUCACCUCCACCACUUCCUCCGAUACGCGGAUUCGCCAUUCUGGCUCGUAUCCAAUAAAAAAGCGCAAGUCCAUCAACUCGGACGACGUCGACCUUAUGUCCGACGACGACGCCGAACUCACUGAGCUCGACGUAGACGAGUACGAUGACGACUCGUCUGAAUUCUUCGCCUCUCGUACAUCUCGCCGCUCUGCAUACCCCAAGCGCGGUGGCACGCUAUCUUCCACCCCCUCCCAAGAUCGCUCCUCUAAGACAAAUCGCUCCAACUCCAGUGGCGUCAAUUCGGCCCAACUCUGCCAGGCGCUCAAGCAAAUCUUCGACCCAAUUUAUUCUAACUUUGUCUACGAAGCCUUCAAACACAAAGUUAACACUCGCGACUUUCCGGACUACCCUCUUGUUGUUAAACGCCCCAUGCACAUGGACGCCAUUCAGAACAAGCUUCGCAAGGGCGCAUAUCGUUCCGUUCAAGAAUUUAUUGCAGAUUGGGAACUUAUUAAGGCCAACUGUAUCGCCUACAAUCAAAAUACGCCCAAUCAAGAUCUUAUUGGCUACGCCCAAGCCCUCGUCUCCGAAGUCAAAAACGCCAUCUGUGCCCAAUCUUCUACCUUUCACGCAUUAGACAGCCUCUACACGCCACCCGAUGUUACCUCAACCAACUCGAACAACCUUUCAUCUUAUGAAUCUCAAACCAAUUUUGUCUCAUAAAAAAGUAGCUCUUCACAAAUGGCCGCGCAGCUCCCGAUCCUCGCAGAUACGGACGCCCACGGCGACUUCAAAUUUCUCCAACUCCAACUUUGGCACGAGACAGCUUCUUAUCUGCGUCCUCUUCCUAAACUCCUGCUCGUUCUUUUCUCAAUUUGGCCUCUUCGCCGGUGCCCACUUUCCGUGUCUCUCGAGGCAUAUGAUUACCCAACAACUGGAGAAAAAUCUGGACUAUAGAACCGUACUCACCGAUCGAGCACAAAUAGCACAAUUAGACAAAAAAAAACUUCAGAAAUUUUGGUUCUUUUAAAAUGUAUACAUAAUUUUACAUAAUCACAUUGCGGUUUCUAAUCCUGGCUAGUUCAGGUAACGCGGGGUCGCGCUCCCGUUUAUAAAAAUUUAUUGAACUAACUCUUCUAUCUAUAUAAAUAAACACCCUUUCUAAUAACAAUUCUUACCACAACAAUUCAACAAUGAAAAAACAAUUUAUGCGGUUCGUUUCUGAGACUUCGCCUAGCUCUACGCCAA